AUGGCUCUUAGAGAUCAUCACCUCAAUUCUGAGCCCGAGCCUCCUCAUUGCAUCGCCUGCAUCUUCUGGUAUAUGGACAACAAGCCUCUUUCUGCCUGGGGCGCCCGUGUUUCUCUCAGCGCGACUAUUUCUCUCCUGACUACCAGCUACACCGCGGCGCUGAUGCACGGCGUGAGCCAGUUCAUCGGCCAACUUAAGUGGAUUCACUUCAAGACCGGAUCUCGGAAGCUUUCUGACUUUGGAACAUUUGAUGAAGCUAGUCGCGGCGGCAUAUGGGGAUCUAUCAUGUUACUUACCACAGUCAAGUUGAACCUGGCCACCAUUGGCGCAUUUAUCACUAUUAUGCGACUCACCUUCGCGCCAUUUGCGCAGCAAGUGGUCCUGUUCGAGCAGUGA